AGCGUGAUUGGCUUAGUUUUUUUAUUUUCGAGCAACGGAGCGACUGUUGCUCUUUAGCAAUGGAGCCCAUAGAGGAAGAAGACUUCAUGGAUGAGGCUGCUCCCGCCAGACGACGCGGGAGGGGCGGGCCGACUGAUGUCACUUUCUCGGUCUUCGUGCAUCCGGCGCCCGCUGCAGGGGAAGUCGUUUGCUUAGCUGGCACCAUCGCCGAACUGACCGCUCCCCUUCCGAUGCAGCCGAAUCAAACGGGCGAUCGGAGACUAUGGCAUCUCACGGUGCAGAUCAAUGCAGCCAGCAUAGUGCCGCCGCCGGCGCAACAGGCGCCCGCCGCCAUGAUCGGCUUGAUGAUGGCCGGCUCAGUCCUUGGCAGCAGCCGGGGCACUGCAGCCGCGCCAACCUUUGAAUAUAGUUACACCGUGCAGAAUAGUGCCGGAGCGACCGUGCGUAGUGAAGAAGGCACUCGCAGCGGGGAGACAGGUGAGCUGAAGCAGCUCUACUACCACAAAGCGAACUUCGGUGGGCAUGAGAGUCUCCAAGAUGAAGGCUUCAAGCUCUUCAUCCAUGACGAGAUCUUUCAGCUCCAGUCCGGCCAGAUUUCCGCGAGGGACUUCCAUCGGCACAUGGUGGCCUUAGCAGCUUCGAACUUUAACAAGAAACGCUCCUUGUUAGACAAGGCCCUGGAGGAGCUCAUUGCCCACUGGGGCAUGGAUACUCCAGCGCCCGCACAGGUCGUUUUGGCGGCAGCUGCAGCCCUGGGGACCAUGAAAAGGCACACAUUGCCAGGUGUCACCAUGUAUGGUUUCGACACCUUCGACAAUGACUAUGCCUUCAGCUCCGCCAUGGGCAGCAAAGAGAAGGAGAAGGAGAAGGAGGAGCCUCCAUCUCUGACCGUGUGCAGAUGGAUCGUGAAGCACUGCCCUUCUCGAGCAGAUGUGGAGGAGGAGCAGCGCGGUGAGCGCGAGCGCGGCCGCGAGUCGCGGUCCAUGGCCACCACCGCGGGCGUUCGCUUGGCGGCGGAGACGCUCUAUAAGGAGGAACAGACCUUUGACUGGUUGAAGCUGUUGAACUUCUUGCCGGAGCAUUCGUUGCCACAGCCUGUGAACGCUUCCCAGUGUAGCAAAGAGGAGGCGAGACGGCUCACAGACUCCUUCCUGCGUUCCAUGGGCUACGUCUUUGAGGACUUUCAAAGGUCAAAGGACCAGUUCGAACUGAAUCCUCCAGGCGAUGCCAAGGAACGGCAGAAGGCCGAGCAGGAGAUGCAAGGCCGAAUGGAGCUCUUCCUGCGCGGGCUGUGCAGUUUUUGCCCCUCCGUGGAGUGCAUGAAGACGCUGGUGAUCGAGCUUAGGAGAGCCUGGGAGCCCCUCGUAGAGGUGAUGAUCCCAAUGAUCUUCAGUCGUUUUCGCAGCAUCCACUUUGGCAAGGAAGAUAAAAGCAGUUUGGUCGAGAUGAUCAAGGACAUCCCAUUCAUGCAUUGUGAUGAGACCGCCAUCGCACUGCUUCAGAAUCAGAACCACCCGAACGAAGCCUUUCGAGAGAAAGAGAUCGUGGAAUUCAUUCAGCGUGUGACCCAAAGCCCCGGGGGUGUCAGACCGGCCGGUCCACAGCUGCAGAACGCCGCCCGCCGCUGGCUGGUGCGCUACUAUGGCCGCCCAGUGGAUCGGCCCAUGGAGCGGAAGGAGGACAAGAUGGCCGUGAGUGAGAUGUCUCGUAGCGACUAUCAGGUGAUGAAGAAGGACAUUCGAGAAGCCAUGAGGAAUGCGAUCAGCGGCUGGCAACUCAUCUUGGAUCUCCCCUGUUUCAAGGCGGAGGAGGAGACGGUUCGAAACUUGCUCUUUGAGAUGUCGCAAUCCUACUUCUUCAAGGAUCAGGACCCCCUGUUAGUACUGGACUGCAUCCUGGAUCUGGAGAAGGAAGCGCAGAACAUGAAGGUCUGGCAACUAGAGGUGGAAAUCCAACGAAUCGCCAUCAAGAGCGUUCGUGAUGCUCAAGACGCCUCGGAGACGGAGCAUGAUGCUAACCUGCUGCAGCUGCUUUUCGACCAACCAACCAGGCUUCGAUACAUUAUCAUCGAAGCCUUUAUCUCGUUCCGCCAAGCGGCUGCAGAUCUUGCGCGGCUCCUGCAGAAUGAACCGAUUUGGGCACGGCUGCUGGACCGAAAGUGGCUGAAUGCCUCAGGCCUCAAUGAGUUCCAGCUCUACCACACGCAGCAGAGCGGCAUGCGCAUGCUGAAGGAUUCCGCAGCACAUUUGGACAAGGGUACCAUCAACUUGAGUGCCUUGCACACCAUCAUCCGACAUCGCAAGGUCUAUGAAUCGCUGGUGGCCCAGGUGGCCACGAAGCCCACGGCGAUUCCCGAUAGUCACCAGAAACUGAGCCAAUUCGACACCGAGUUUGAGCACUUGAGGGCCUAUGUGAAGAUGUUCUGCUCCAGUGCCUCCAUCGAGGCCGCCGAGCUGCAAAAGCUCAUCGACGGGAUUUUGGAGUCCUACAACGUCUUAGAGCUCAACAUUGCCGCGAGCAAGUUCACCGGCCUGCAGGUGAGGCCCCACUUGUCUUGGUUGAACUCGCUGAAGGGCAGCGAUGUCUUCUCGGGCAUUUGGAAGCAGACGGCGCGCCCGGAGGGCGACAGCUCGGAGCAGAUCAUCAACCAGGAGGAGGUGGUGACCGGCAUCAUCCCACAAGCGAAGAAGACCUGGGAGGAUCUUUCCAAGAGCAUUGAGACAGGGCAGGCCAUCCUGAAGGAUAUCCGCUGGGUGGUGGAGUUCCAAUGGAACAAGGUGAAUUUGGAGCUCAAGCUUUUGGAAUCCACGGCGCCCAAGACCAAGCCUUGGGUGGCAGAGGCUGUUGAGCUGUGCCGCUCGAUGCGCCUGGCGGCAAAGCUCCGCGAAUGGGCCCCAAGUAUGCUUCACCUCCGGAACCAUAGCUUGUCCGAACUCUUCAAAGAGACUCCCAAGGAUGAAUGUGUGGAGAAGCUGAACCAAGUGGUCUGCGAGUAUGAGCACAUGUGGACCAAGACCCUGGGCGAGAUGACCGCAAGUGUGAAUCCCUACCGGGAGACCAUCAACACGCUCUCAGAGGCGAUGCAGGACUACACCAUCACGGCCGCCAAGCAUGACAAAUCCUUGGAGUGGCUCUUGCAGCACAGCUCCACCGAGGACUUCAAUCGCCUCAUCUCCCUCUGCACGCCCAAUACAGAUGAUCCCAUUAUUCUGGCAGCGAUCGCUUCUCUGAAGCAGAUGCGAACUUUCCUGGCAGAGGUGCUGUUCACCAAGCCUCCCUACGCCGGGCUCAAGAAGUUCAUUGAGGAACUCUCGCGCCUCCACGUGGAUGCGGCGGAGCAGCAAUGCUUGGAAUCGGUGCAGACCAGCUUCGAUCCCAUGUUGGACCUCCUGACAACGCACUCUCGAACGCCUGGUGUCCAGGCGUGCUACGACCUGAAGAAGAUCUCCCUGUCGGGCACCUUCCACGUGACCUGCGCGCUCACCGAGACGGCCCAGCUGAAAUGCCGCAUGCCGCCGGAUAGCGAAUUUGACUAUGAGGCGUUGGCCGAGUUGCGACGGCAGCUUCUCAUGACGGAUGUGCCUUACGAGUUGGACGGAGCGAAAGAUUUGCCAAAGAUGCUGGAUGUCUUGGUCGCGAAGCUUCAACUCCUGGAGGACUUUGGCCGCUGCACCAUGGAGCUCUUCCGACUAGGUCACUUUGCCUAUCGCCUCAACGACGAGGUGCUCGUGGUUCCACCCGAGGACACGGUGGAAUCCGUGGCGAAGCGCUUGGAGGCACAACAGCAGCAAUUGGAAGACUGGCAACAGGCGGUGAGCGAUGCCCGGAGCAAGCAUUACUUCCUGAACUACUACACGGUGCGCGAGCUCUGCUUCCUGACCGAUCUCCUUCCCAACGUGGACAACGACGAGGAGUGGGGUAAAGUCUGGCCGCUGCUACAAUGCGUGGACCUCUCUGCCGAUGAGAACCGCACCAGGAAGAACAUCCUCUCCCAGCUGAAAGGCGAUUUGGCUCUCCUGCGCACCUCCAGUGGAGAGCCCGACCGCGAGGUGAAGCUCUUGAACGACGUGGGGACCUUGUUGGGAGAUCUCUUUGAGAAUUCGACGCCUCAGGUGCGACCACUGGAGGGGCUGAUGGAAGUGAAGCAACAGCUGCAGGGCGACUUGUUGAUCCGUUCGAUGCAGAACAAGGAGCAGGGCAUCCCGAUCUUCGUGUGCUGUGCAGACGAAGCUUGCAAGGUGACCGAGCUGGUCUUGUCCAUCUACACGCGUCGUGAGCGGGUUCCGGAGGCGGAGGAGCUUCUCCUCUGCUCCAGCCACACCACCUUGGAGGAGAAGCAGUGCAGUUGGUGUGCCGAUGGGUGUGGUUGGUGUGUGUUGGGUGUGUUUUCAAAGGAGAUCGAGCUGCUUCUACGCCGCUUCUUCCAUGCGAGGACGCGCGCUUUGCGAUAUCAGGAAACUUUCGCAAAAUCACAGGCUCACCUUGACUAG